GACAUUGACGUCAAUAAAUGGCCUCAAUUACCAAUCCAAACUCGAUCAGUCGUUUUACAUUGGUUUUUACAAUCAAACAUUACCUGUAAAUAUAUAAAUUAGCGUUUUAUAAAAAUUUAUUUAUUAAGCGUCUAGUUCACUUGUGCACAUAUUCCUCCGGCAACAGAAUGAGUUUAGUGGCAAAUACUGGGAAAUUGGCGGGUCGCACGCUAUUUAUCACGGGUGCAUCCAGAGGUAUUGGAAAGGCUAUUGCAUUGAAAGCGGCUAAAGAUGGAGCGAAUGUUGUUAUUGCGGCUAAGACUGCUGAACCCCAUCCAAAACUUCCAGGAACAAUUUACUCAGCUGCUGAAGAAAUUGAGGCUUUGGGAGGGAAAGCUCUGCCAUGCAUUGUGGAUGUACGAGAGGAGAAACAAGUCCAAAAGGCUAUUGAUGAAGCCAUCAAAAAGUUCAACGGUAUCGACAUCCUGGUGAACAACGCAUCGGCCAUUUCCCUCACCGGUACAGCCAACACGGACAUGAAAAGAUAUGACUUGAUGCAUAACAUCAACACGAGAGGCACUUUCUUGGCGUCCAAACUUUGUCUUCCAGUACUCAAGAACAGCAACCAUGCUCACAUUCUCAACCUGUCUCCACCACUCAACAUGAACCCUUAUUGGUUUUCUAUACACGUGGCGUACACCAUGGCCAAAUACGGAAUGUCGAUGUGUGUGUUGGGCAUGAGCGAAGAAUUCAAGCCGUACAAUAUUGGAGUCAAUGCGUUGUGGCCUAGGACCGCCAUCGCGACGGCGGCCAUAGAGAUGUUGACAGGCGACACGUCUACAAGUCGCAAGGUCGACAUCGUUUCUGACGCCGCUUACGCAAUGUUGUGCAAAGACCCAAAAACAUACACUGGCAACUUUGCAAUAGACGAAGAUGUUGUGCGAGAAGCUGGGGUUAAGGACCUUACAUCUUACGCCUGUGAUCCCAAGAACAUCAAUAACCUAUUAAUCGACGGAUUCCUCGACGACCCCGCGUCCAAAGAGAUCCACCGCAAGUCUGUAUCGACGACAUCCGUACGGCGGUACCACACGUCCGCCGUCUACCAUAAAGAGGAGAAGCCUUCAGACGCUGGUCAGAUUCCUAAUCUGUUCGCUGCUAUCAGUAAGAGUCUCUCAGCAGACUUGGUGAAGAACACUCAAGCCAUAUACCAGUUCAAUGUUAAAGGCAAAGAAGAGGGCGUGUGGCAUAUUGACUUGAAGAAUGGCGACGGCUCGUGCGGCCAGGGCGAGCCCAAGUCGCCCCCGGACGCGACUCUCACCAUGGACAGCAAUCACUUCGCCGAUUUGUUCGCUGGCAAGUUGAAACCGACGACAGCCUUUAUGAUGGGCAAGCUCAAGAUAGCCGGCGACAUUCAGAAAGCGAUGAAACUCGAGAAGAUGAUGAAAGCCCUGAAGAAUAAGGCGUAAUUGCAACACAUCAAACCAAUGUAUUCAGUGCAAUAAUGCUACCAACGUAUUAUGUGUUAUCCACCUUAAACGACAUCCAAUGUCGAUAGUAAUUUACCUUAAGAUGGAUCCAGACAUUUUCUUUUACUCGUACCGUACCUCCGUGCCGUCACAAAGCUGGACCCAGAUUUAAAAAACUUAAAAUGUCACAACCAAGUCAAGUCAAUCAGGUAAUCCUACCGUCACGUAUAAAUUUUUUAGUUAAAUGUAUGUUUAAACAACUCCGAGUGUUGAUUUUCGGCCUUAUGCAAUUUAGUCUUGAUUGUGUAUAAGGCAUUUUAAAAUAUUGAAAUUUUAUGGUGUUUUUUUUUACAUAAUUAUGUACUACUUAUUCGUACCUUGUGCGAAUACAAAUUAUUUGUGCAGUAAUUGAUUUACUAACUGAAACUUUUGUAUUCUCUUGUCUUCUAGGGGUUGACAAAUCGUGAGUUUUGAAAAAAGUGUUGUGUGUGUGAUUUAUCAUAAAUACUUGUUGACAGAUUAACAUAAUGCUCAAUAAAAUUAAAUAAUGUGAAAGUACAAUCAACAGUUGUUUACAUUCAUUUUAUUGACAUAAUCCCAUUACGAAUCAACGCGUUUAACAUUUUAAAAAAAUAUGUUUUCUCGCUAACUUGCAUAAGUCAAUAUUGUCUGGACCAAUUAAAAGGUAUGAAUGGUAGGAAUAAUGUUGUAAUCAGUUGAAAGUAUUUAAAUCGAAAUGGUUGUAUAUUUUUUGAAAUAUUUAUCGUGUUAUGACUGAUGUUAAUUGUAUUUUGUUUGAGAUUAAAUUAAAAUCAAUUGUUUUCUUAUUUUUUUUCAAAAUUAGCUAAUUCAUUGCCUUUUUUGUGAACCUUACACUGUUUUUUUUUAAUUUAAAUUGAAUGCUUUUUUUUAAACUAAAAUGAAAUGUACUGUCAAUAGUUAACAAACUCCUAGUAUUAUAAAAUGUCUUCAAAGAAUUUUUAAAAGAUUUGUUGGAAACAAAGCUGUAAAACCGAAUUUUUAACCAUUUUAUGUGAAGCAACUUAAUCAAUACAACAGAAAUAUGUCUUUGAUUUUUGUAAACUGUGCCUUAUUGUACAACAUCUCUAUGCUGCUAAUUUUUUAAUUAUUUUAUUUUUAGUCUAGUAGUUCUAAAUGGUGUAUUGUUUGUAAAUAAAUAUUUUGUAUUUUUA